AUGGCAAUUAAAAAGCAAAUAUCAAAUUUGUUCAAAAAAUGCGGUCUUAAAAAUUUCAAACUUAAAGCUUUUUGCUCUUCAUGUAAACUUAGCAAAAGUCAAUCUAGCAAAAGUCAACCCAACAAAAAUCAAUCUAGCAAAAGUCAACCUAACAAAAGUCAAUCUAGCAAAUGUCAACCUAGCAAAGGUCAAAAUUGCGAAAAUCAAAGUAGUAUAGAUCAAAAACUUGAAAUCAAUGCGCAAGAAAAUAAUAGAAAUAGUAAAAGGCGCUCUGAUGAAAAGCCGGAACCUUUUUUCGAUACAUCAUUAAAUAAUGAUUCACAACAUCGAAAUCUUCUGAAUCAACAGAAUAUAAAUCAUAACAGUGAAAAAGUAUCUCUUGAAAAAUACGUAGAGAAAGAAACUCUAGAAGAAGAGGAUAUGUUAGGUUCAGUUCCAAUAAAACUAACCGUCGGUGAGAUGCAAUUCACAACAAGACAACAGACCCUCUGCGUAUAUCCAUCUUAUCUAUCUGAACUCUUUUUCAUUUUUCGUUCUCCAAAUACUCAUUCUAAUUCAAGUCAUAAAAAUGUACAUCCUCAAUUACCUUGGCCCGAUAAAUUAUUUAUUGAUCGUGACGGUUCCCUAUUCGUUUACGUCUUAGAAUUCUUAAGAACUUCUACUUUACCAAAAUUACCUCUUUCUACCUUACAAAAAUUAGAACGUGAAGCAAAAUUUUAUGCAAUUAAACCUUUACAAGCUUUAAUUUCUAAACGACUUGAUUUAUAUUUCUCUUUUCCUGAAUUUAAAGUCAUUCCUGUACAAAAUAUUUCUUCCCAUGAAUUUCCUCAAUUUUCUCGCUCUUCCGACCUUCAUGAUUCCAUUUUCAACAAUUAUGAUGCUGAAUACUGUCCUCGUGAUACCUCUUAUGAUGGUUCUGAAGAAACCAUAACUGAUUUAUAUGCUCCUGAUUACGAUUUAAUAACCGUAACUACUAUCCCUAUAUUCUUUAAAAAAUGUCCGUUUGGUCAUGGUGAAGAAAAUCGGGUAAAUGAUUUCUAUUGUGAUACUUUAUGUAAUGAGGAUCAUGUUGUUUUAGUUAAAGAAAUCGUUACUUGUAUGAUAUUUAAAAGAAAGGAUACAUAA